AUGGAGGAAGUCUUGCUUCGUGUCUUCCCACCUGCCUUGCAUCUUUUCUCAGGGCCCCAGCAAAUGGGCCCACUGUGGACCCCAUUUUCCCUUUUCCUCCUCUUGUUUGGGGAGCCUGCCUGUCUGAGGAGCCAGGACCACCCCAGCUGCCCAGAACCCAGGAAACUGGAAGCCAGUAAAGUUGUCCUCUUGUUCAGUUGUCCUGGAGCCCCAGGAAGUCCUGGGGAGAAGGGAGCACCAGGUCCUCAAGGGCAACCUGGACCACUGGGCAAGAUGGGCCCCAAGGGUGAGCCUGGGGAGUGCCCCGGGAGCUGCCAGGAGCUGCUGAGCUGGAGUACCACUUUGAGCGACUAGUGCCAUCUGUGCCUACCUGAGGGCUGAGCCCUCCCAGUCUUUUGUGACAGUUCAGACACCGCAGGUGGUGGCUGGCUGGUGUUCCAGGGGUGAUGGGAUGGUUCUGUGGAUCCUUGGUCCUUCUACACAGCAGGUGUGGGGAGCCAGGAGUCUGAAUUCUUGGGGGAUGAGAAUUUGCACGAGCUUACUCUCCAGGGUACCCUAGAGCUGUGGGUGGAGCUGGAGAACUUAGGCAACCACACCUUUGUUCCCUGUAGGUCCUUCCUCCUCCUAGUGGAGGCAGACAGACCAUCACCAGCUGGUGCUGGACAGCUGCCUGGGCCAAUGCCCUUGCUCCAUGGCACUGCUGUUUUUCCCACAGGGCCUGCAAACACCCACCUUACAGUUGCUCUGAGGCUCCUGCGAGAUCAUCUCUUCAAGGGUGUCAGGCAUGGUGCCCGCACCGAGGUGCCUCCCAACCUCUUCCUGCCAGGGGCCUCCCAGAGCUUCCAAGGCAGGAAACCCUUUCCCACCGACCAUGAUACAAGUGGGAGAAACUGCAUGGUGACUGUUCCCGGGGCCUGCUGGUACGGAUCCUGCUAUCAGACCAAUCUCAACGGGCGCUACUUGAUGUUCAAAGCCCCUGCCCAUAAUUAUGGCAUUGACUGGGCCUCAUGCCAAGGCGUGGGCCAUCCUUACCACAGGGAUUAAAUGGUGCUUCGCUACGGCACCCUGUCCACGGUGGUUGGCUGCCCAGGGGCAGAGGCUGUUCCGGAAGCGGUCUGUCUCAGAGGUUCUGGCGGGAGAGGAGGGAGGGAAGAGGCCGUGUCCCAGGCCGCUAGGGAGCGGUGCUGCCCCAAGGCCGAGGGUGGAGCUUUCCCGGUCGGCCGGGAAAGGGCUGGGCCCGGCCUACAUGUGGGGGCAGGAGACAGCGACGGCCGAACUUCCGCGGCGGAUCCUGGGUGGUGGGUACUGCUGGCCCGAUGCCUGGGGCCUUCCACGUGA